GGAGAGAGGAGAGGGUUAUAGAGAGGUUCCCUCCAUAACGCUGCUACUGAUUGUGGAUAAUGUUGACCAAGACCAGACUGCCCGUGUGCUCAUAUUUUUGAAUUUACAACUGAAUGGAUCAAUGGAUUACACUGUUUACUCCGGCAGAGGGCGAAGAAUGCCUGGUGAAGUGCACAAGACAUUCAAGAUUUUUUGUGGUAAUCUUGCUGGAGCAGCAACAAAGGAUGAUUUACGCUAUCUUUUCUCACAAUACGGGCCAGUUAUUGAGGCUGUUGUCAUGGUUGGCAAGUUCUAUGGAUUUGUGGUGAGUUAUUUUUUCAAGAAGGGCUGGAAGGCAAUAUGGAACUUGGGGGGGUUUCAAUUUCAUGGUAAAGCUAUGGCAGUGGAGGCUUCAAUUAAUUCUAAGAAAGCUGCACCUGUAUUCAAGCAUAAUAUAAUAGGGAAAGGCAUUUCUACAUUAGAUGACUUUAACGACUUUAGCACAUCUAAAUCAAAAUUGUUUGAAUCACGAGAACGACAUCUUCCGCCAGAACCUUUUCCUACGUUCAAACAACCCGUAACCUCGGCAAACCUUCAGACUCCAGGCCUAUUUUCGUAUCCGCCUCCCUUUCCAACUUCAAUCACCAGUAGUCAUCCAUCUCCAAUUGGUCAGACCCCACCACCUCAAUCACGAGCUUCUCCGAUGCCUGAUUUCCAGCCCUUGAAAUCCUUUGAGGCCGUUAAAGAACAAGCAUCUCCUCUAUCUAAAAUGCAAGCUGUCGAUGCUAAUUCUAACCCUAUACAAGAAUCCAAUCAUGAAAGACCAGAGAAAGAUCCUGCGUUGUGUAAUAUAUGUGGAGCCACUUUUGACGAGUGGCAGCACAAGCCCAAGAUUCUCAGCUGUGGUCAUACAUUUUGCUGUGAUUGUCUAAUCAGUUUAGCUCGUGACACUGAAGUCAAAUGUCCCAUGGGCUGCACCUACACCACAUCGCUAACCGAGGCUGGUAUAUCUGGUUUAACAACCAAUUACACUGUGCCAAUUAAAAAACUUGCCAAUGCCAGCAUAUCCCCUUCUCUGCCAAUUCUCCCUGCAAGCUACGGUCAUCACAAUGGUGCACAAAGGCCUCCCAGCACCCCUUCACCCAUGAUAUGUUGUACCUGUCUAAAAAUGGUGUCAAAUGACUAUUGUAGUAAUCAGGGCCACCAGCUAAUCCCCGAAGACCAGGCCAAAGACAUUCUCCGAGGAAAUCUUCAAUCAUCUCAAGACUUAACCCUCAAGCAGCUACGACAGACUAUGACUAUGAGGGCCACUAUGAAGGAACGGCUUGAACGUACUGUUCUCAGUGUAGAGAAAUUCUUGGAAGAGCUUCGUAGAAAGGUUGAAGGUGAGCAGCUGGAAGAAGCAGUAUUGCAGGAUCACUUGGCUGACCUAACAGCGGCGAGCGAAUCACUCAACGAUAACACCUCAAUAUCAUAUCUAACUGAAUCCCUCCAGAAAGUUCAUUCUUACAGUUCAAUAAUCUCAACCCAAUUCAGUCAGUGUGCUGCAAUAACAGCCAUCAACAAUGCAACGGAAGCAAUUGUUAUAAAGCUGAAACAAUCUGCAUUGGAUGCAGUGUUGGCUUCCUUAGGAUUUAGGAAUGAAGAAGCUUUUAUCAUGACUUCAUCGUUAGAGGAGUAUGCCUUAUUUGGGAAUAAUGCCAAUGUGCUCCUCCUCUACAUGCUGUCAGACCUACUAUCUACUAGAAUGAUGCAGUUAAGUGCAGUUAGUCCAAUUAGUCCUCUUAGUCCUAGCCAGCAACCUUCCCUGUCUGCUUCCAGCCCCAUGCAACCUAACAUGACCCCCUCGGUAGCAUCCACAAGUAUUCUUGAAGAUAACCUUGGUCACAGCCUUGGCCUCAGUCCUGGUAAAUUAAAUGAGCUGAAGAGCUAUGACUUAAGUAAAUUAAACGAAAUGAAAAGUCAUGAAAUGAGCAAUGUAAACGUAGAGCACAUUUUACAAAUGACUGAGGUAAUUGAAGCUGGGUCAUUGUUAGGGUCCAAUCGUGACAGCAUGUCUGUUAUGUCUGCAGGUGCUGCUGCAAUAGGAUCAAGUGCUAUGGGAUCAGCUCUUUCUUUAGGGUUGACAAAUCUUUCCUUGCUUGCCUCUGAAGCUUCAGAAAAUGGAAAGGAUGAUACUGAGUCUUUAACAGAUAAGAAAGAACCGAUACCAGUGUCAUAUGUCGAUGCUGCAAAAAAGCCAGCUAAGCCCACACCACCACCUGAGAAUCCCCCAAAACUGCUUAUACAGAAACCAAUUUCACCAGUUGGUAGACCUGGAAAAUUUCCUCAUUGCUGGAUGAUUUUAUCCAUUAAUGGAAUAUUAGCAGGUCGUAUUAUAUUUGAACUUCGCCCAGAUAAAGCACCGAGAAUGUGUGAUAAUUUUGUUGCACUCUGCACCAAUAGAAGUGGGUAUGGAUACAAAGGCACUCAUUUUUUCAAGAGUGGGGAAGGCUUCCUUGCUGGCGGGGAUGUGGAGAACGACGACGGUACUGGUGGUUACUCAGCCUUUGAAAAAAGCACAUUUGAAGCUGAUCUCUGUCCAUUAAAGGAUGAGGUUGGUAUGGUCAGAUUUAAGGGCAUUGGCACUAGUGACAAUGGACGGGGCAUGAUUGGCUCGCAGUUCAUGAUAUGGUGUGGAGAUAGAGAAUUCAAGAAAUUUUCCUACAGCCUUGUUUUCGGUAAGGUAGUGGACGGACUAGACGUUGCCAAGAAGGCUGCAGCAAUUAAUGUUCACAGGGUGUCUGUUAAAGUGGAGGAUUGUGGUGCAAUCUAACUACAAUCUCUUUUGUAAUAUAUUUAUAUAAUCCGUAUGUCCGAGCUUUUGUAUUCACAGUUUAAUUACGAAUAUAAAUAUAAGAACAGUAUAAGGAUUUGCAGUUCAAGCAUUUAAUUUUUCUAGAAGUGCCUUACAGUGUGCCUUUUAUGCGGCAUCACAUGUUUCUAGUUUUCCUAUUUUAAUCAGUUUUAAUUAAUGUGGAGAAACAUGUUCACUUGUUAAAGAUCGUAAUAGUGCAGUCUGAAGAAAAUAGAUACAUGAUGUAAUUGCAGCAACUGUGUGAAAGAUUAAUUAAAAUUUUCUUGUGUAUCCAGUGGGAGAGCUACGUAUAAUUAAUUCUAUUGAUAAUUUGUGUCUUAUGCUUUGAGAACGUUCUUCAUUAAGCCUAAACUAUACAUACCAAAAUUACUGUAACCACUAAGAAUCAACCUCUUUCACCUAUUUUAAUUUUUCCCUGGAGUAGAUAAAUAAUGAUUUUCUUCAUUUUUCAGUAUACAAAUACAAACCCAUUUAAGAUGACUGUAUACCUAAGUUAAUUGCGACCCAUUAUUCACUUUUAUUAUUUUAAAUGUAAUUGAGCCAUCUGAAUAUACUGCUCAACACAUGGCAAGACAACAAGCUCAGAGUGUACAUGAAUUAAAGCAGUUUAAGCUCAUCAUUCUAUGGUGCUUGUUGGCUCUUGCUGGUGUAAUAAGAGCAGCACAAAAAUUUAGAAUUUUCUUGAUUGUACGUGUCUUGUAUACCAGGCUGUAAAGAUUUUUUUUAAUUGGGUUUAAUACAGAGCACUGCGUGUUAAGUUAUUAGUUUGUGGGAUGAUGUUUCACACCUGUUACUUUGGCUGUAGAGCUCAUGUUGAGAGAGUGAUCAUUUUCCGGUACAUCGAGUCAAAAUAUUGCUCCCAUUACGGAUAUAAAUCUCGGUGGAGUGCGUGUUGUAAUAAUGUUGGUAGAAUACUGACAAUAUGUUAGGUAAAAGGACACGUGUGCAUCUAAUGCAACAUUUUAUUGUGGCAACAUUUCACUCUCCAGGAGCUUUGUCAAGCCGUUAAUGACUCGACAAAACAACUGGAGAGCGAAACAUUGCAACAGUAAAAUUUUGAAUAAGUUGCACAUGUUUCCUUUUACAGAGUGCAUGUUGCUGCCUUUAGGAGCAUUGUCACACCUUCUUUCUUUUUGCAAUUCUUGUUUACUAAACUGCAAUAAUUUGCUCAAUGUCUUGUAUAUCAUGUAGGCACACUUGAAAUAUCAUUAUGAAUUUUGUUUGACUUGUACAAUCACCAAAGCAUUAUUUUUAAAUUCCGUUCAUCAAUAAGGGGCCAAGCUUUGGAAUAAACAUGGUAUAUAUAUCUCCCUGAAACCUGGUGUUGAAAUUUAAGAACAAGGGGCCAAGUCUUCAAUUAUUUUUUGUUCUGAGGUACUUACAUAUCUACUCAAAUUAUAAGCUAAAAAAAAUUUUGAUGACUAUUGUCUGUUGUCUGAUUUACUUUUCCCACUAAAUUUUUGACAUUGAUUUGCCAUUUUUAUUAAAAUAAGAUUAGUGAUAAUUGAGUUUGACUACAAAAAAAAUUCAUAUAUUUUGACCAGGUAUGUAACUAUAAUCCAUGAAUUUCUUUAUAGCCGUGUUUAAUGCACUUUUAAUACUAUCGUUUUUCUCUCUCUCUCUCUCUCUCUCUCUCUCUCUCUCUCUCUUUUUCUUGAAAUAAAUAUAAUAGUAAAGGGUUAUGUGUAAACUUCGUCGUUCCGUAAUAUUGUAAUCAAUCGUGUUUUUUUUUUUUAUAAGUAAAUAAAUACGAUGCAUGCAUCUUAA